ACAAUGAAGUUUGGAAAUGUCUAGGUACGGACAUUCACAGGAAAUAUGCCUUCUCUCUCUGCGACCCAUCUCCUUCUCGCCUGUGUAUAAUCCCUCCAGUCAACACGGACGGCUAAACGACCUAACCCCAAAAGCUUCUCCCUCUCUAUCUUACUCCCUCUCCUUCCAAUAAAAACCCUAAGUCAUCCCUUUCCCUUACCAAUUCAAUUUCAGUUUCAAUUUUUUUUAUCCGAAUUCCUCUUUCCCUGUUUAUUGUCAAUUUCUUGUACAAGAAAUGUCAUCGGAGAUUGAGGUGGUGGAGGAGGUUCAAUUUAAUAAUGGGGAAUCGGCAUCUGUUAAUGGAGCCAAUGGGAUCGCUAAUGGUGGUGUAGUUGGCGAGGAGAGUUUGAGGAACGAUGUUUACACCGCCGCUGCUUAUGGGGAUUUGGAGAAGCUUCAGAGAUUGGUGGAGACUGAGGGUUGCUCUGUUUCCGAGCCUGAUAGCCUCGGAUACUACGCGUUACAGUGGGCCGCUUUGAAUAAUCGGACUGCCGCUGCUCAGUAUAUCAUCGAGCAUGGAGGAGAUGUAAAUGCAGUGGAUCAUACUGGGCAGACAGCAUUGCACUGGAGUGCUGUUCGGGGUGCAAUCCAAGUUGCAGAGCUUUUACUCCAAGAGGGUGCUCAGGUAGCGGCUGCAGAUAUGUAUGGUUAUCAGACAACACAUGUUGCAGCUCAAUAUGGUCAGACAGCUUUCCUCUAUCACAUUGUCUCAAAAUGGAAUGGUGACCCCGAUGUUCCUGAUAAUGAUGGAAGAAGCCCUUUACACUGGGCUGCUUAUAAAGGUUUUGCUGAUUGUAUACGACUUUUAUUGUUUCUGGACGCUUAUAGAGGACGCCAGGAUAAAGAGGGUUGCACUCCUCUUCAUUGGGCUGCAAUUAGGGGUAACUUGGAGGCAUGCACAGUAUUAGUACAGGCAGGCAAGAAAGAAGACUUAAUGGUGACUGAUAACACUGGUCUUACACCAGCCCAGCUGGCUUCUGACAAGAAUCACAGACAAGUUGCUUUUUUCCUUGGAAAUGCUAGGAGGUUGCUUGACAAACGUUGUGAUGGGAACAGCCGCCUGGGACAUCUCUCAAAGUUGGGACUUGCUCCUGUACUUUGGUCUAUGAUACUACUACUCUUGGUGACCUAUAUUCAUUCUGUCAUAAUGGAUUCUAAUCUACCAAGGCUAACAGCAGGCUUUGGCCUUCUUGCUUGGUUGGGUGUUUUCCUAGCAACUGCUGGACUUGUUAUGUUUUAUAGAUGUAGCAGGAAGGAUCCAGGUUUCAUUAGAAUGAAUGUGCAUGAUCCACAAAGCAUGAAAGAUGAUGAACCUCUUUUGAAGAUCGAGAUAAAUAAUCCUGCUUUGCUAGCUGGAAAUUGGACUCAACUCUGUGCAACAUGCAAGAUUGUUAGACCACUUCGUGCAAAGCACUGUUCCACCUGCGACCGUUGUGUUGAACAAUUUGAUCAUCAUUGCCCUUGGGUAUCUAAUUGCAUUGGCAAGAAAAACAAAUGGGAUUUCUUUGCGUUUCUUGUUCUAGAAGUUUUGGCAAUGUUGAUUGCUGGUGCAGUGGCUCUUACAAGAGUUCUAACUGAUCCUGCAGCUCCCUCUACAUUUGGAGCGUGGAUAAACCAUGUUGGGACACAUCAUAUUGGUGCUAUUUCCUUUCUGUUUGUGGAUUUUUCCCUGUUCUUUGGUGUGGCAGUAUUAACUGUUGUGCAAGCUUCUCAGAUAUCUCGCAAUAUAACAACAAAUGAAAUGGCAAAUGCAAUGCGUUAUAGCUAUCUUAGAGGCCCAGGUGGUCGCUUUAGAAACCCAUAUGAUCAUGGCAUCAGAAAGAAUUGUUCAGAUUUCUUGAUAUUGGGCUACAAUGAAGAUGUGGAGUAUAUUGAAGAUUCUGCUCAUUCUGAGGGGAUUGGAUUGAUGCAAAUGGCAAGGAAUUCAAACUCACAAAAUGGGGAUGCCCAUUCUCAUCACAUCAAUGGCAAUGGCCAUGUUGCCAUUAAUGUAAAUUCGGACACUAAGGAGCAUCAGGGUCAUCACCAUUCUUCCCAUUGCUGCCAUAAUAACCACAAACAUAACCAUCACCAUAACUAUAACCAUAGCCAUGGAAAAUCCAAAACGGAUAGCAUUCCCCUGGGUUUGGGUCUUGGUCUUGGACGGAGCACUGCUCGUACUGUUGCGGCUUCAUGAUGAUUAGUCAAUGAGUGGUGGAAGCUGAAACUGAUGUGUGUAUCAUAGCUCAUCUGAUUAGCUUUUGUAAUUUAAUUGGUUGUUGCUCUUUUUGGCCCCAAAGGCGUUUAAUCUUGUACAAAUUUUACUCUUUUAGAAGGUUAUAGUGGCCGUCAGUGUUUAUGGCAGAUUCGGCAUUCAGUCGUGAAAAUUUAGGAAAAUCGGGUAAAACGACAGUGAGCCCCUGCCCUUCUUCCUCUUGGCAGCUAUGUUCUUUGUAUUUGUUUAUUUCUGUGGAUGUUGUUUCUCUGCUUGCUAUUGCUUGCCAUCCAAUUUGGAUAUGAAAUUUCAUAUUGGAAACUUGAAAUUUUUACC